UUAAACAUUGACACUGCAAAACUAACUGUGCUUAGACGCUAGCAGUUCUAAGGAAUAUUAUUUUAAGCUUUUGUGCUCAGUUUUUCUUUGUUCGUAAAGCGAUUACAUUAGUUAGCUUGGAGAGAUGAUCUGCGAGCUUCUUUUAAUCUUAGUUAGCUAUGCGAGAAUAAUCGCUUUGUGACAGAACAAUCAUUCAAAGCUAAAGUGGUGGAAACUUUAAUUACCCCCCUACAAUGGCGAAACGUAUGAAUCCAGGAUCGCCAGGAGGUGGUGGUUCCAAUGUCCCGUCCACCGGAGAACAACUGCCAGAGACCAUCAACGAUGUCUUCAGAUGCUUCAUUUGCAUGGAAAAACUUAAAGAUGCGCACCUUUGUCCUAGUUGUUCCAAACUGUGCUGCUUUCAGUGCAUAUCGCGAUGGCUAAACGAGCGCCCCAACUCAUGUCCCUACUGCCGUGCCACACUGCACGUCUCCGAUCUGGUAAACUGCCGGUGGUACGAAGAAGUGGCAUCGCACAUUGAAAACCUUCAGCAGAUUUGUCAAAACAUAAAAGUUUCCAGUUCCGGUCGGCGGGAUCAAUGCGCAACGCACAAGGAAAAACUGAGUGUUUUUUGUAAGCCUUGUAAACAAUGUAUUUGUGCUUCGUGCGCCCUUUGGAAGCAUUCGGGUCACACUUUCAAACAGCUUGAUUUGGUUUACGAAACCCACUUAGCUCAGGUUAAAGAGGAGCAGCAGCAACUCAAGUCUCGAUUACUGGAACUGAUUAGCUUAGUGCAAAAUGUCGAGCAAAACGUGGAAACGGUGCGCAACGCAAAGGACGAACGCGUCUGCGAAAUUAGGACUGCGGUAAACCUGAUGGUUGGCCGGCUUGACUCCCAGCUCAAAGGUAAACUGCUCACCCUAAUGCGCCAGAAAAAUUCCCUCAAUCAAGAGACUGAACAGCUCGAACAGCUACUCCACGAAAUUGAGCACCAGCUAAGCACGUGUUCAAAAUCACAACUUAUAAUGAAAUCGGCUGAUCUACUGAACAUGAUCAACCAAGUUCGCACCAAACCUAUUGCCAGCUAUGUAACUACAACAACAGUGCCAGCGGAUUUUGUUAGUGAAAUUGUGCCAGCCUACGAAACAGGCGUAUUUAUCAUGCAGAAUUUUACAAAGCUGCAGAAGAAAGCCGAACCAGUCUACUCUAGCCCGCUGUACGUGAAUGGACUAUGCUGGCGGCUUAAAGUGUACCCGGGAGGGAACGGUGCCGUGCGGAAGGAGUACCUCAGCGUGUUUUUGGAGCUGACUGUAGGCUACCCAGAAACUAGCAAAUACGAAUAUCGCGUUCAAAUGAUUCAUCAAAACCCAGCGAAAAUAAUUCAACGAGAGUUCGUAUCCGACUUUGAGGUUGGCGAGUGCUGGGGCUAUAAUCGGUUCUUUCGGUUGGACUUGCUGGCCGACGAAGGAUAUCUGAACGCGCACGAUUCAUUGGAGCUGCGCUACCAAGUUCGUCCGUCCACGUUUUUCCAGAAGAGUCGCGAUCAGCAGUGGUACAUUAACAACCUUCUACGAACUCAAACGCUUCAGCUGGCCGAGAUUAAGGUGCUGAACGAACGCAUAGAGCGCCUCACGGAAGCUGCGGCCGCAACGACGUCAUCGUCGUCCGUUGGUAGGGAAGUUCAAGCACGUAAAUCCCGCAGUGUGUCGGAUGCUUCAACUAGCUACAGCAGUCGCAAGCCGGACAUUAAAUCAACGGUGCAGAUUGGUUCCAGCAGCACUGCAAAGAAUACAGUAAUGCUGGGCGAUGCUGUCAAGCAAAAAACCAGCAAUGCUGCAGGUGGUAAUAGCACAGUCACUAAUCUCAACAAUAACAACGACUGUCAACCACCAACAGAUGAUUUCAGCGCACUUUUGUCAUCCUUUAACAUGAACUCGUAUGUAAGCCACGUGAACGUUCAACCAUCUCCGACCGUCAGCAGUGAAUCGGGAUCGAAGGUUGCAGUAGGAGCCAGUUCUGGUACCAACGAACGUUUCAAAAACAGCAACUUGUCAAUUUCAUAUUCAUCGCCAAAUUUACAGUCCAACAAUAGCACAUCUAGCAUCGAAUCCGAUGACGAUUUUACGUCGGAGCACACGGAACUCAACGGGAACCCUAGAAGGCGCACUGCCGCCGAAACACAGGUACUUUUCGACGACACUAGCUCAAUCGACGAAAACGAAAUAGAAACAGAAGAGGUCCUGUCGGGGGAAAACGAUGUCGAGUAUGCCGAGCUUUCCAUGACACAGCGAAUGCCUUCAAAAGUGUCCCAGACGAGCAAUGGCAACGGCAGAUCGUCCGGAACAACGACGUCGGAACGCCCUUCCAACGAUCAUAUAGCGCUGGACGAGGAAUUGAUGCUGUUGACACUGUUUGACGACUCCCCGGUGGCGAAUCCAACCAUGGCUGAAAGUGGUGUUUUGCUCAACAAUCAAACCAGUCGGCCAUCUCUACGACAACCGAUAAUAUCGGCUAGCGUGCUCGAGAGUUUACUGGAGCCCCCAAGGUUAAAUGCAACGCCACUGACCGUUAGCAAACCCGAAUCCGUUGUGUCCAAUAAUGGUAAGCUUAACCUAAUAAAUGAUGAACCUUCUUUUGCCUUCCUCACUGAGGUAAGGCUAUAAUCCUGCUCGAAAAAU